CUUUUUGAAUAAUUGAACGCCUCACUUGUCAUACUUGAUAUCGUUUCUUUGGAUGUAAAGCCUUCGUUAUAAUGCACGAUAUUCAACUCAGAUGAGCAAUAUUGACAACGAGAAUUUAAAACUUCAAUCUCCCUCAUCCUCCUCGAGCAAUUUAUUUGUUUGCACGUUGGUAUUUUCUUUCAGAAGGUCAUUACUUUCAAUUCACUAUUUGGUUUGUUUUAAGUGAUGCUCUGUAAGAUUCGACAACAAAUCACUUCAGGAAAGUUGCAUGAAUCGAAAAGUGAUUAAAAUCAAAGUGAUAAAGAAUCAAGCUAAAUCACGUCAUUAGAAUCCAUAUUCUAUGAUCAGCAAUGUUAAUUUGUAACAAGGAUUGUAUGGUUAGCAAAUAAAGUAGUUUUGCCGUUCGAUAUUGAAGAUAAUGCUGUUGAAAACCACACGUUGCCGCAGAAGCUGUGUUUCUGGAUAAUCUUAACUGUGCAGGAUUUUACUAGUCAUCAUGGAAAGCAUCGUGAAUGUAACGGCUGAUUCCCCUGUGGAAUCGCAUCCAGGAUUUGUAGGUGUCUUCUCCUUCAACUUCAGCGCUACCCAUACGGCUAGCGUCGAAUCUGUCAUCUGUUGGAGUAUCAUUGCCAGCUCCAUCAUGGCCAUCGCUGGGGCAGGGAACAUCAUCGUCAUCUGGAUCGUCCUAACCAACCCGAGAAUGAGGACGGUAACGAACUACUUCCUCCUGAACCUUGCAGUCGCGGACACAAUGAUAGCCACAAUUGACAUGCCAUCUAUGUUCACUUACAUCGUUACAGAGAACUGGCCCUUCGGUCUUGUCGGCUGCAGGAUUGCCAAGUUUGUGGCGAAUCUGUCAGCAGUGGCUAGUAUCCUGUCCUUGAUGGCUGUGACCGUUGACCGAUUCCGUGCCAUAGUUCAUCCGCUCCUACCUCGGCUACCUAAACGGGUCAUUAUUGGAUCGGUCAUAUCUAUCUGGAUUGUAGCAGCAGCGUGGACAAGCCCGAGGUUCUUCUUUGCUCGCCAGUACAAGUUCAUCUACUCAGAUGGAACGGAAAGGGUGCAUUGUUACAUCAUAUGGCCACCCGAUGGCCAACCCUACGGAUCUUAUGAUGUAGCGUAUAAUGCAGCAAACUUUGUGGUAACAUACUGCGUGCCUCUUGGUAUCAUGGCUGUAUGUUAUACCAUCAUCAGUACAAAGCUAUGGGGUAAUGGUCUACUAGGAGAAAACAUACCAAACAGAGCACGACAGAUAACAGCAAAACGAAAGAUUGUUAAGAUGAUAGUGAUAGUAGUGGCUGUCUUUGCCAUAUGCUGGCUACCACUCCAUGCCUACCACUUCAUGACGUAUCUGAACUUUGAUGCAUUAACGGUGAAGGGAAGCCGUCAUAUCUACAUUACAAUAUGGCUGAUAGCUAUGAGUAGCUCCAUGUACAACCCUUUCAUCUACUGCUGGCUAAAUGACAGAUUUCGAUACGGCUUCAAGAGAGUGUUCCUCUGUCUUUUACCAAUCCGGAUCAAUGGAUACAAUCAGCAGCAAGGUUCGAACGUCCCUGCUAGCUCAAACGCAACCAACACAACCAACUACAUGUGCAGCCAACGAAUAGUCAACGGCAAAGACCACAGAACUGUGUCUUAUCGGAUGCCUUCGGUCGGUAUAACAUCGGCCAGUGACUCAGCCGAAGAUACGAUGUGA